ACUGGUGUUUUACUUUCAAUAUUGUCCGCUUUAGACUUGAGAGGUACAGGAUACUCUAUUUGAGACUCUCGAAUAAAUCCGCAAAUAUGCGAGGACUCGUGUGUUUUGCCCUGUUUUGUGUGCUGUACGUCACUGUACAAGGGAAACUCUCCAGUCCCAAGAUUCAGCUGUACAGCCAUUUUCCAGGAGAGUAUGGAAAGCCGAACACCCUGAUCUGUUAUGUGAGUGGCUUCCACCCUCCUGAUAUCUCCAUUGAACUGCUGAAAAAUGGAGAGGUUAUCCCUAACUCCCAGCAGACUGACCUGGCCUUCGAAAAGGGCUGGCAGUUUCACCUCACCAAGAGCGUCUCCUUCACACCCCAGAAAGGUGAAGAUUUCUCCUGCAGCGUUCGACACAUGAGCGAUACAAGGAAAAUUGUUUGGGAGUCCAACAUGUAAAGCUAACAAUCAAAGGAAGACAAAGGGUGGAUAAUUUCUCAUGUUUUUUUGGACAUUAUUCAUCGUCUACAGAGACCAUAUUAUCCUACUGUCCCAUAUCACAAAGCUAAUGUUGCACUAUUCAUUCAAAUUACAUCGCAACAUCCGUGAUUUUAGUUUUCCUUGAGGUGACAUUCUUUUUCUUCACAAGAUUAAGGAUAAUUUAAACCAAAUUAGCUGCUACAUGUUUUUUUUUUGGAUGGGUUUUGAUUAGUUUAUGGGUCUUUUUCCCCGAUUUCAUUCCUCUUUGUAUAAAUCCUGUGCCUAUUUCUGGCUUUAUUUUGAAAUUAGGCUAAUUGCAAAUAUUACAACCAACUCUCUUCUUUUAAACCAUUUGUUAUUUCCUCUUGUUAAUCUACAUAUGUUCACAACUGCAAAUUGGAAUAUUAAUGAAUAUGAAUAAUUAAGUUUUACAAAUUGCUACCGAGAAAAUGUAAUUUUUAAGAGAGGAAAAUAAAAUUUUGAAAACCUAAUGAAACAA